AUGCGCGUUGAUUGUAAAAUUACACUAAACUAAUUUGUAAAAUAUACAAACCAAACGACGAAGCAUCUAGCAGGCGAAACUUACAAAUUGUUAAAGAGUAAAAUAUAUGUAAUAUAAAUCAAAAUAAAUAAACACAGCAAUCAUGGCGUUAAGAACGUACGGCGAUAAGCCUAUAAGUUUCCAAAUAGAAGAAGGGGGUGACUUUUACUGUGUUGGCUCAGAGGUUGGAAAUUAUCUUCGGUUAUUCCGAGGGUCCCUCUACAAAAAGUAUCCUGGCAUGGCCAGAAGAACUCUGACAAAUGAGGAAAGAAAGAGACUAGUUGAUAAUGGCCUGGGACCUCAUGUUUUAUCAAGUUCUGUAUCUUUGCUUAAAGCUUCGGAAGUUGAAGAUAUUAUUGAAGGAAAUGAUGAGAAAUAUAAGGCUGUAUCCGUCAGUCAAGAAAUGGCUACUCCAAGAGAGGGCAAAAGUAAAAAGCCUCAUAAUCCUUCAUGGCUUCCAGUCAUGCCAAACUCUUCACAUUUGGAUGCAGUACCACAGGCUACUCCUAUCAGUAGAACAAGAGUUCACAAUAAGAAGGUGCGCACAUUCCCUCUUUGUUUUGAUGACACUGACAUGACAGCAAUGCUGGAAAACGCAUCACAGAAGCAGAUUCUGGUGCCCAUAAGACUGGACAUGGAGAUUGAAGGACAGAAGCUCAGAGAUACUUUUACAUGGAAUAAAAAUGAAUCAAUAAUUACACCCGAACAAUUUGCGGAGGUUCUCUGCGAUGACUUGGAGUUGAACACUAGCACUUUCAUCCCGGCCAUCGCCACUUCUAUCAAACAGCAGAUCGAGGCGUUUCCGAGCGAGCCACCCGCCAUACUGGAAGAGGCCACCGACCAGAGAGUCAUCAUCAAGCUCAACAUACACGUCGGGAACACUUCUUUGGUAGACACUGUGGAAUGGGACAUGUCAGAAAAAGAGAAUAAUCCUGAACAGUUUGCGAUGAAACUUUGCGCAGAGCUGGGCCUCGGCGGGGAGUUCGUGACGGGCAUCGCAUACAGCGUGAGAGGCCAGCUCGGGUGGCACCAACGCACCUACGGCUUCAACGAAGCUCUGCCGACCGUCGAGACGCCAUAUCGGCAGCCGUCGGAGGCCGAGGUGUGGGCUCCGCACCUGGAGACGCUCACUAACGCCGAGAUGGAGAAGAAGAUCCGAGACCAGGACAGGAACACGAGGCGCAUGCGUCGACUCGCCAAUACCACGCCCGAUGUCUCCCUGAGUCGAGCCGUGAACCGGCUCAUUCGCGCUGACGAAGCGUUGUUCCAGACCACGCCCGAGAAACGCAGAAAGAAGAUAUAAAUUAGUUAUAUUAAUUGUAAUUAUUUAAGUUACGUUCUAAUUGAAAACUUCGUUUCACCGUUUUGUGAAAUUUAUUAGAAUUUCAUAGUGAACUUCUUAUUCUUAGAUCUGGUACUAGUAAAGCGUACUCCUGUGACUUUGAUAAUUAAUAAGAUCGUAUUGAAGAUUUUAUUUCAACAUUAAUUUCCCUUCUGGCUUUACACUCGGUCGUCAGACAGUACAUCCUUUUUUACAGAACGAAAGUUCACUAGUGCGGUGCUUAUAAAAAAAAAUACUUAAAUUAGCAAUAUAUAAAAACAAUCUGGUUUAUAUUCAAUUUAUUCUGAAAUACCUGAUAAAAAUAAAUCUUAUGAAAAUUAGUACUUCAUUAUUCAAGUCAUUUUAGUCUAGAAACGGAAAAUGUACGAAGGGGUUAUCUUGUAUGAAGCAUUCAUUGAUUAGAGUUACAUAUAUGUAUGUCAUAUUGCACUUAGUAUCUUAGUUUUAUAUCGAUAUGAUGUGAAUUUAAAAAUUAAUAAAUGGACUGUAAA